AUGGAAGACCGGAAGCGACCUGUCCCGCAUGAGCCAUCUGACGAUUCUUUACCUCCAUUUAAACGACCAGCUUUGAAUUCUGCCUCCUCUUCUCAAGCACCUCAAAACAGCCAUCAGGUGCCACAAAGUCAAGAGGAUGUCAUUGUAAGUCGUUACCAUUCCACGUUCCGCUCCCCCUCGUUUCUUUAUUUUUAUUUUUCAACCGCGGAUUUCUCCUAUCCUUGCCUUUUGCUUACCUCCCGCUGAUGCCCACCUUCCUAUAAGCACUUUCAAAAAGAAGCGAUAUGGCGUCAGAUGAUGGAAUAUAAGCGAGAGCGCAAUAUGCUGGAAUCGAGGGUUGAAGAGUUAGACAAAAGAUCAACAUAUCAUGACGACCAUUUACGAGUAAUAGAUGCCUGGUGGGCUCAGGUAAGGCCGAGAUCUAAAUCCCACCCCUCUUGAGUUUUAGGCUGAGAUUUGACAUGUAGCUGUUGGAUGAAGUUCGAGUCCUUGCCGGCGAACCCGAUGGCGGUUAUCAGAAUGGAGGUGGGUUGACGCCGAGAAAUUAUGUGGUGAAUUUUUAUGGCACUAACAAAUCGGUUGACAGCUUCCCCGGAAUUCUCCUCGUCCCUUCUUUUCAACGAUAUAGCAACUUUUACGGACCAUUUGAAGGAAAAGCGUGAUCACAUAACAUCUUCACUCCAGACACUAUUUUCAGCGAUCCGAUCAAAUCCCUCAAAUAAUAAAAAGGUUGACGCGGUCGAAGACUUGCAGCCUCGGCUGUGCGCCCUAUUAGCUAGCGAGAAGGCCCGCAAAGUUGAGAUUGCUCGCCUCCAGAAGGAAAAAGAGGAUGCAAACUCUCGACUCACCGAAGCGACUAUUAAGUACAUGACAGCGGAGAAGAAGGUUGAUCGCCUUAAGAGCCAAACUUUAGCGAAAAUAGAGCGACAAGCUAUGUUCCAAUCGAAUGCUGGGGCCGAAAAUAAUAAGGAUGGAGGAAAUAGUGACGAGCAAUCCGCAAAAGAUCAGGAGAUCAACGCGAAAGUUGCCGAAGGAAAUGUUGCUGAUGCUGAGCAGGCCCGCAAAGAAGCCCAAGCAAUUGCUAGUAAACAGAAAGAAGAGCUUCAACAAUUGCAGGCCGAUAACACUCGACUCUCAGAACAAGUAACCACAUUUACAAUCAAGGUAUUUUGUCAGACUCUUUACACUCGCAACCCGGGCGCGGGGCAUCGGCUGACGGAAUUAUAGUUUGGAAGGCUGUCGGAAGAAGAUAUAUCCAAAUGCGACGCUUACAAAAACCUCAAGGUCAAGCUCGAAGACCUAGCUACCCGGUUCAACCAUAUCGAAGCUCUCAACAGAGAUCUGUCAGAGCGAACUGAACACUUUGAGGCCGAGCGCACAAAAUACAAGGAGAUGAUUAUCACCGAACAACGCACUAUAGUAAAUGAUAUGCAACUCCAAUUGAGUAGGACAGAACAGGAUCUUGCCCGUGUGCGGGCUGCCCGAGAUGAGCUCAUCCAGGACCAGACACAACGCAAAACGAGAGAGGAUCAAAAGCUCGGAUCGAUUCGAGAGGUCAAUGAACUGGCUGAGACAAGGGCUUCCAGGAUUGCCUCGUUAGAGAUGGAGGUUGAACGGUUGAAACUUGGGCUCGACAAGGAAUCCCUCUCAGCCAGUCAAUCUUUUACGGAAUGGGGUUUAGAAGAACUCAGGCAGAAGUAUGAGCAGCUCGACAAGGCUUAUAAAGUCCUAACUCAGGAAUUACCAGCGUUGGAGCAAGCUUUCAAGAAGGCUCAUGAUCAAGCAUCCAGAAAGGUUGCAGGUAUCCAAGAGAGUGAGGAUAAAAUGCGACGCUUGCAGGCUGAAGUACGCUUCCUCCUUUGUUUAUUAUGUUCGAUGCUUACUAUUCGCAGAAAGGAAAAGCGGAUCAAAAGUACUUUUCAGCAAUGAAGAACAAAGAGACAUUGAGCGCUGAAAAUCGAGCUCUGAAGAACUUGAAUGCUAGGAGUACAGACAUCAUCACCCAACUCAAGGAUGCAGAAAAGAAAGUUCGCGACCUAGUGGUGAGUUUCAAUUCUGAGGGUAUCUAAUAAAAGCAUAUACUAACCAAGCUUAAGGUCAAUUUGGAGAAACAGAUAGCCGAGAUGAAAACGAUUCAACAGACCUUAAUUACCAGGAAUCGUGAACACCAGUCUCGUGUGGCAGAGCAAAACAAUACCAUUGAUUCCCUGAAGUCUCAAGUUGCCGAACUUAGCACGUAUCUGAAAGCUCGUGACGCAGCAGUGUCUAGGGAGUCUUCUGGGAGAAGAGAGGCGGAGAUUGAAGUUGAAAAGCUUCAAGUGAAGCUAGAGGACGCACAGAGAUGCCUUGAAAACAACAGGCCAAAGGGCAGUGAAAAUUCGCAACUUGAAGCCCUAAGAGUAUAUUCCCAAACCACGCGAUCAAAUAAGCAAGAGAGAUUGUUGACAUAUGCUUCUAACUUAGCAAAUUGCCCUCUGCACCGUCUGCAGAAAUCGGUUCAAGAAUACUGCUAUAAGGCCAUGUGGUCAUGUCUUCUGUAGACAAUGCGCAGACGAGAGAAUAUCUUCGAGAUCAAGAAAGUGUCCCAACUGCGGACGAGCAUUUGCAGUAACCGAUCUGAUCUCCGUUCAUCUG